AUGCAUCGCAGGCACACCACCCUUCGAGAGAAGGGGCGUCGGCAAGCCAUCCGAGGCCCCGCCUACAUGUUCAAUGAGCGUGGCACAAGCCUGACAGCAGAGGAGGAACGUUUCCUUGAUGCUGCGGAGUACGGCAAUAUUCCUGUUGUCCGCAAGAUGUUGGAGGAGUCCAAAACGCUCAACUUCAACUGCGUGGACUACAUGGGCCAAAAUGCGUUGCAGCUCGCCGUCGGCAACGAGCACCUGGAAGUCACUGAGCUCCUCCUGAAGAAGGAUGGAAUGGCCCGAGUGGGCGACGCGCUCCUGUUGGCUAUCAGCAAAGGCUACGUGCGAAUCGUGGAGGCCAUACUGGCCCACCCAGCGUUCGCCGGAGGUCUGAGGUUGACCUUGAGCCCAUUGGAGCAGGAGUUGAGAGACGACGACUUCUACGCCUACGAUGAGGACGGAACGCGUUUCUCCCACGACGUGACCCCUGUGAUACUGGCCGCACACUGUCAGGAGUACGAGAUUGUCCACAUCUUGUUGAUGAAGGGCGCCAGGAUCGAACGGCCCCACGACUACUUCUGCAAGUGCUGCGAGUGCACGGAGAAACAGAGACGAGACUCCUUCAGCCACUCCAGAUCGCGAAUGAACGCCUACAAAGGGCUCGCCAGCGCCGCCUACCUUUCGCUCUCCAGCGAAGACCCCGUGCUCACCGCUUUAGAGCUCAGUAACGAGCUCGCACGCCUCGCCAACAUAGAGACAGAGUUUAAGAAUGACUACAGGAAGUUGUCGAUGCAGUGUAAGGAUUUUGUGGUGGGUGUUCUGGAUCUCUGUCGUGACACCCAGGAAGUGGAGGCCAUUCUGAACGGUGAUGUGGAUCAGAACCCCCCCACAGAACUGAGACCCUGUCUGACCCGAGUCAAACUCGCCAUCAAAUACGAAGUGAAAAAGUUUGUGGCUCAUCCAAACUGCCAGCAGCAGCUCUUGACCAUCUGGUAUGAGAAUCUGCCGGGCCUGAGACAACAGUCCGUUGGAGUGAAGUGUCUGAUGGUUCUGGGAGUCACCGUCGGUCUGCCCUUCCUGGCCAUCGCUUACUGGAUCAUGCCCUGCAGCAAGCUGGGGCAAAUAUUACGGAGUCCCUUCAUGAAAUUUGUAGCCCAUGCUGUCUCUUUCACCAUCUUCUUGAGUCUGCUGGUUCUGAACGCAUCGGACCGUUUAGAGGGGGUAAAGAACCUCCCGAAUGAGACCAUAACAGACCACCCUCGACAGGUGUUCCGUGUCAAGACCACCCAGUUCUCCUGGACAGAGCUGCUCAUCAUGAAAUGGGUUCUAGGAAUGAUCUGGUCCGAGUGUAAAGAGAUCUGGAUGGACGGUCCUCGCGAGUACGUCAUGCACCUGUGGAACGUUCUGGAUUUUGGGAUGCUGUCUAUCUUCGUGGCCUCAUUCACCGCACGCCUCAUGGCGUUCCUCAAAGCGUCCAAAGCUCAGCUAUAUGUUGACCUGCACGUUCCCAACGAUGACAUCCGCAGCGCAUCACUCCCUGCGGACGUCGCCUACUUCACAUAUGCGAGGAACAGGUGGAGACCAUCGGACCCCCAGAUCAUCUCAGAGGGUCUGUAUGCCAUCGCAGUGGUCCUGAGCUUCUCUCGUAUCGCUUACAUCCUCCCCGCCAACGAGAGCUUCGGUCCGCUUCAGAUCUCACUGGGCCGAACCGUGAAGGACAUCUUUAAAUUCAUGGUCAUCUUCAUCAUGGUCUUCGUGGCGUUCAUGUUUGGCAUGUUUAACCUGUACUCAUAUUACCUGGGGGCCAAAUAUAAUCCCGCCUUCACCACGGUUGAGGAGAGUUUUAAGACUCUGUUCUGGUCUAUAUUCGGUCUGUCUGAGGUGAUUUCUGUGGUUCUGAAGUAUGAUCAUAAGUUUAUCGAGAACAUUGGUUACGUUCUGUACGGGGUUUAUAACGUCACCAUGGUGGUGGUUCUGCUCAACAUGUUGAUCGCCAUGAUAAACAGCUCCUACCAGGAGAUCGAGGAAGACGCUGAUGUCGAAUGGAAGUUCGCUCGUGCUAAACUCUGGCUGUCAUAUUUCGAUGAGGGACGGACUCUUCCUGCUCCGUUUAAUCUGGUGCCCAGCCCGAAAUCCUUCUACUACCUGAUCGUGCGGGUCAAGUGCUGCCUCUUGGGACUCUGCAAGGGCAAAAGUCAUCGCCAUGUCAACGAGCAGGAGAUGGGGAUGCUCAACUCACGACUGAAAUAUGAUCAUCAUCGAGCAAAUAUAAGGAGCAGAGAGGACAACACUGUAAAGAAACCCAUUAAAAAAACCACACGGCAUCAGAAGAUAAUGAAGCGCUUAAUUAAGCGAUAUGUUUUGAAGGCUCAAGUCGACAGAGAGAAUGAUGAAGUUAAUGAAGGUGAACUGAAGGAAAUAAAGCAGGACAUCUCCAGUCUGCGCUACGAACUUCUAGAAGAGAAAUCUCAGGCAACGGCAGAACUGGCUGACCUCAUUCAACAACUCAGCGACAAGUUCGGCAAAAAUGCCAAAAAACAGCCUUGAGAGGGGGGUCACAGCGGCCACCAAACAUAUUUGGUCACUUGAAAAUACCUGAAUGUCAAUGCAUUAGACAAAAUAUCAAAGCAGGUUACAUUUUGGACGCACCUCAAGCAUAAACGUUCAAACUGAAAUAUUGUGAUAUUUUAAAGGGAUAUUUCACUACCGAAGAAAAAUUUCCACAAAGUAUUUUCUUCUGGAAGAACAAUGCAGUCGUUGUUAUAAUCACAAGGAUCAUUUUACAUCCAAGCGGUAGAAUGGGAGUGGAUGGUAGUUGACUUUUCGAAGGCCCAAAAGUACAUCCAUCGAUCAAAGAACGGCUCAACAUGGCUCUGUGGGCUUAAAGGUACAUCCACUCACAUUCUACCGCUUGGAAGUAAAAUGAUUCUUGGGAUUAUAACAACGACUGCAUUGUUCUUCCAGAAGAAACUCCUAUUGGUUUAGGAUGCCUUGAGGGCAGGUAAAACAUGGGGAAAUUUAGAAUUUUGCCUGAAAUAUCACUUUAAAACUUACUUUCUGACACUAGCCUGUCACGAAUGGGGGUAAACACAAGGACAGAGGACCAAGGCGCAGACAGCGGGUUUAUCAAGGGACUUUAAUAUUAAGUAUAACAAAACAAAAUCCCACGAGGGGCUAAAAUAACAAACAAGGGUAUAACAGGACAUAAAUACGGGAACAUGGAAUAACUAAACCAGAAAGGACUAAAAAUAAUAUUUACCAUAUAUUACACUAGACUAGACUAGACUAGACUAGACUACACUGGAUUGGAUUGGAUUGGAUUGCACUGCCAAGACAAGAACUCACCCACAUGAAUCGAAGUGAACCAGCUCAGGACAGAAAACACAAGAGCAUUAUAAAAGGAUCAUAUCAACAGGGGAACAGGUGCAGGGCAUUCAAUAAUUAACAAUUAAUAAUGAGUAAACGAGGGAGCGGGGACAAAGACGAGACCGCAGAGAGUAUGAAACACCAAAAGGGACAAAAUUCCCCUCUCCACAUGAAACAAGAGGUUCUGUCAUGAUUCUGCCACUAGAUCAAGAAAAGCAAGACAAGAUGGGCAGAACAUGACAAACCGUUUCUGGGAUUGUAGUGAGCUCAUGAAUAUUUAAUGAGGUGGUUUGUGAUUUGUUCCAUGUUUCUGUUCUGUUACAUUUUAACACUGCACCAUUAACCCCGAAGUGGUUCAAAUUCAUAACCCAGGGUUAAAUUCUGUGCUAAUCCUUUUUCUAUUCUUUUUUAAAUUGUAUGCGUGUAAUGUUGCUUUAGCCAGACUUAAAAUCUGGGUUUUAAAAAAAGACAAGCCUUAGCCAUGAUGUGAAAUGCUAACGAAACAAGUUUAGUUAUUGUGAUGAUUGUACACCUCUGGUCGUUCUUCGGGGACACCUUGAGGAGAACCACACCAUGGGACUGGCUGUUGAAAAAGAAAAGUGAAGUUACGGCAUUUGUUUUCAGAUCCCUUUUGCUCUGGUAUAAAUCCAUGUGUCUACAUAAGAUCUGAUGUAGUGACACUCAGACAUUUUUAUUGAGAGGUUUCGUCAUAACUCUAAAAAACACGUUAGAGUUUGAGUAUUCUUACACAAUCUCAAGGCAACAACUUAACUAUUUUUCGACGUGGCUAAUUUGUUAUUCGCAUGAAUCCGUACGAUCACAUUCGUACAUUUUAGUACGGCAUGCUUUCGCGCCAGUGACGUAAGGUUUAGGGGUGGGGCUUCAGUUUUGCUUUUAUGCUAAUAAUCGUACGUUUUGUACGGUUCACAACGUACGAAUUCAUACAAAUAAGUCAUCUCGUAAAAUAUUUGAGUGAGUUUUCUGAGAUGCCUCCGGAGCGUUUGUAAUGAGAUGACGAGAGAGGAGCAGAGAGGUGGUGAAAACACUGUGAUAUUGUGUGUCGUUGCACAAUUUAAGACUCUAAAUCAGUGUGAAGGUACAUAAACCACAUACAUGUACUUUAUACUGCAUAAAACAACGUGAAAGCACAUAAAGCAGAUUUCUUCUUCAACUCUUCACAGGCUUUCUAAUUAACACAACACAUUACACACAUCACAGUACUUUUGUGCUUAGGGUUUAAUAGUUUUUGAGAGUUUUAUGUUUGCAGAAUAUUUAUAUGUGUGUGUGUGUGUGUGUGUGUGUGUGUGUGUGUGUGUGUGAGAGAGAGAGAGAGAGAGAGAGAGAGAGAUUUUAUGUACAUUAUACACUUUUAAAAGUUCUACGUUAUGAUAUUCAUUUGUUUUUUGCUCGCAGAACUUUUGCAUCCCUAUGUUGCAAUACUUUUAUGACAUCCAUUAAGUUAAUAAAGCAUAUUUUUGACUUCUAUAAUAAAUCAAUUGAUUGAGAAACAUAGGAAGAGAUUGGUUCCAAAAUGAGAUAACUCCGAUCUCAAUCAAACUGAAGUUGGUUUGUUUUGAUGUAAAUAAAAACAUAAAACUAACUAACACAAUAAAACAUAAUAAAAACACGAUAACAUAAUAAAAAACAAAGCUUGAUAUAUAACAGAUUUCCAUCAUUUUGGAACCAAACACUUCAUAUAUAAUAUUAUUUAUAACUGAAAUUAAA